CGCUCAUUUCAUUUCAGUUCUGCUCAGCUCGACCACGGUUCGUGUCGAUUUCGAAUUCGCAGUGGAUCGGAGAGGGUCUUGCAAGUAAAAUUCAUGUUAAUGAAUGUUAAUUUAUACAUUUGUAAGAAUCUAAAAACUGUUUUUCCAUACACAACAAUCGGUCGCUUGGCGGUGAUUUCGAAUUUGGAAGCAGUUGCGCCCGAAACGUCGACGCGAACGGUAAAGCUAAAAUUCCGGAAAAUAUAGGAUACCCCUAUACGAUGGAUCCCGAGUUCGUGAACAAAUACAAUCAGGUGCUCAGCCGGCUGAAGCUGGUGGAGAACUUCGAUGGCAGUGAUCCCGGCAAGCUGCCGCAGUUCCUGCAAAAGAUCGAGGCCCUCAUGCCGGCCAUAAAUAGUUUCGAUGAGUACUACAAGGCGCAGCUAAUAGGACAUAUAAAGAAUAAGUGCACGGAUCGAGCGAGGGAAGCGGUUUUCACCCGACAAAUGAGUGCCCCAGUGGGAGCGAAUGGCAAUGGAAAUGGUCACCUUUUGAAAGCCGAGUCCUGGCUGAAGCUCAAGGAUCAGCUUCUGUACAAUUAUGCGGAGAGGGAGUCCAGCUACUCGCUGAUCCACAAGAUACGCAGUGCCGUGCUGGACUCGAAUAUCGAGUUGUACUACCAGAAGAUGGCCAAGCUGAAGCACAGACUGAUCAAUCGAAAGUUGACUCACAAUGAUACCCUGUAUGGUCUCGAGGAUAUCGAGAGGAUAACGCUGCAGGUGUUCAGGGAUCACCUGCCGGAACCCACGCACUCGAUGAUCCUGCGCAGGAACCCAAAGAGCAUGGAGGAGGCCUAUCGGUAUAUUGUGGAGGUUCAGCAGCAAUUCUACACGCAGAGUGGAUCGCUGGCCAGCGAUCAUCAGGCGGCCACAUUUAGUACGAGUCACAAGCAGCAGUCUUAUGGAGUGGGAAUGGGCGGAGUGGGCGUGAGCACCGUAGGAUUGGGUGUGGGCAUGGGAGCCGUGGGUCUGGGACUCUCCUCCUACGCCCGCCAAAUGUCCAACGAGAAGGGACAGCAGCAGCUGCAGAACCAAAACUCCUCGAGGAGCUACUACAACCAGUCGGCACCGCCGGUGGGCGCCGGUAAAAAUCAUCCCAUGUUCAAGAGCCUGGGCAAUCCGACCUUCAAAUCCAGUUUCAGCUACAAUGGAAGCAGUAGCAAUACUUCCGGCUUGGGUUCGAAUUAUGCGAGUUCCAAGAAGUCGGAUAUUAAGCAGAAUUACCAGCAGCAAAAGAGCCAGAACUACGCGAAGACCUCAUCGUCGAGUGCCUGGAAGAAGUAGUAAUCGAUCUCCCAACCCAUCUAAUCCCAGAUCUUGACAAUCCCAAAACCAAUGAGAUAAGCAGAUCGAGCAUGACCUAAUCCCUUGGAGCCUGUGACUAAGCCAAAGAGGUAGUCAUGCUAAUUACCCCAGAAAACUCACCCUCUCUCAAAUGGCGAUGAUGAUGUGGCCGAAGAUUAUAGGAUGUGAAUAUAGAUUAAGGUAAUGAGAUGGGGGCUGGGGUACUUCCAGAUAACCCUAACAACUAAAUCAGUCACAUUUAAUAUAUGAUAAUGAUGCGAAUAUUUAAAUGUAUACAAAUAAUACAAAUGUUAAUAGUAUAAAAGACAAUGCAACAAAUGAAAUACCUCCAUGCACAUGCAAAUAAAAAAAACAAGUGAUGUGAAUAUAGAUGAAGAUAAUACAAAUAGUAGAAAGUAAAGGCAUUGGCUGAGUAAUUAAUAU